AUGUUUAAGUUCACGGUGUUGGUCUUCUUCUUGCUGGGCUCAUGUGUGGCCCAAAACAUUUUGAACAGAAUCACCAACUUUAGCGUGCGACCGCAGCAAUCCGUCGCGGUCAGCGGCAGGUUCAUGUGCAAUGGACGGCCCGCGAAUAAUGUGGUAAGUUGGCUGGGAUGGUGUUUUUAUAACGCUCCCAUGUAAGGCGCUUAUACUAUCAGUACGUCGGGAAAAUAAUGAGACGCUGUGGCAUCGAAAAUCAUAUGUAUCGCCGUCGAGAAAAUGAAUUGUGUCAUGGCAGAAUGCAAUUGCUUUUCACUUCAGCGACGAGAUCGGCGCAGCGGCAUUGUGCUCAUUUUUUUCCGACAGACUGAUAGAUGGGCCAAAAAGUCUUGACAUUUCUGCACAGUGCGGAAAAAUGUCAAGACUUUUUGGCCACCCAGUAGCUUAAACGCCUUUACAGCAUCCUCGUCCCAACUUACUUUUCAGAAAGUCAAACUCUACGACAACGACCACUUCACCUUCGACGAUUUGAUGGCGAACGGGUUCAGCGACGCGAACGGCGCCUUCCGCCUACAAGGCUCGGCCAACGAGUUCACCAACAUCACACCGAAACUGAACGUCUACCACAGAUGCAACUACUCGCCGCUGAUCCCCACUUGCUACCAGAAAUUUUCCAUCCGCAUCCCCAAAGAGUACAUAACGCGAGGUCCCGUGGCGCAGCGCGUUUUCGACGUUGGAACGCUGAAUUUGGAAGCGAGAUAUGCUGGACAGGGGAGAGAUUGCAUCAAUAAGAAAUGA